AUGAGGGUUACUCUUGCCGUUGGAGCGUUGUUGCUUCCGCUCCUUACGCAAGCGUCUCCAUUUGUGGAGAGUAGAGAUACCGCUGUUGCUGCUUCAAGUGUAUCUACGACCAGCGGUGUCAUAGUUGGACAUGCUGCGGUGAACAAGACGGGGGUGACUGAAUUCCUGGGCAUUCCGUACGCUGCGUCGACAAGUGGAAGCCAAAGAUGGAUGCCACCGCAGCGGUUCACAUCCAAGAAGACGUUUACCGCAGCAACUUAUAAAAGGAGCUGUCCCGGCAAUAUUGGUGGCACCGUUGCCUUUCCCAACAAGACAGCUCAAUUUGACCGCAUCUUUCUGGCCUUCACCACUCAAGGCGGAAACUUUCAAUCUGAGGAUUGUUUGAGUGCGAACAUCUGGGUUAAAGGAACGCCAAAAGCAGGUGCAUCAAAACCGGUGCUGGUGUUCGUUCAUGGUGGAAGGUGGAAUAUCGGAGGCGCCAAGAGCUUAUUCUACAAUGGCCAAUAUCUCGCGGCUGCAGAAGACGUGAUUGUGGUCACCUUCAACUAUCGUCUCAACAUCUUGGGAUUCCCUGGAGCUCCUGGAAUCCAGCAAAAUGUUGGUUUAUUGGAUCAGCGUAUGGCACUCGAAUGGGUCCGCGACAACAUUGCGGCUUUUGGAGGCGAUUGCAACCGCAUCACUGCUUUCGGACAGUCUGCAGGCUCUGUUUCCAUCGCAUACCAGGCUUACGCCUACCCCAAUGACCCCAUUGUUGCUGGUUACAUAAUGGAAUCUGGUACUCCUCACAGCUGGACUCCGCUGAGCCCGGCUCUGGGGGCACAACAUUGGUACAAUGCCUCCUCGACUCUUGGAUGUGGGACAUCAGGGAAUGUUCUGAGCUGCAUGCAAUCGAAGAACGUGUCAUCUGUGCUUGCCGCCUUUGCAAAAGUGCCUGUCGAUCCCACAGCCGCACUGAACCAACCACAAUUCCAACCCGUUGAAGACAAUAUUACAGUCUUUUACGAUUACAGCGCUCUCGCCGCAGCCGGAAAAUUCGCAAAGCUGCCUCUGCUUAUUGGCAAUAACAACCACGAGUCUGGCUUCUAUGACAUCGCAGCAUUUGCAACUGGGAAGAGUUUCAACGCCACCCAACAAAACCUAUUUGAUCUCGAGGCAUUCACCUGCUCCACAGCAAUCGAAGCCGCUGCCCGUGUAGCCAAAGGCGUUCCAGUCUGGCGUUACAGGUAUUUCGGUGACUUUGCAAACUUGCAGCUCUAUCCAGGAAGUGGUACCUACCACGGUGCAGAGCUCGACAUGGUCUUCGGAACAGCUCAAGAUGUAUCGGGGCUUCCCAACAGCGCAGUAGAAACCGCAACGAUCGCUUACUUCAUGAAAUCCUGGGCUGCUUUUGCAAGUAACCCAACCAGUGGUCUGAGUAAAUUAGGUUGGCCAACGUACAAGAACUCGACUGCCACUCUCGUCCGUCUAGGAUAUAACAGCCAGACUUCCGCCAGUUUCGUAGCGCCCAGUACCUCCGAUGCGCAGUGCCCUGCUCUCAACGGUGCUGUUGAUCUUGGGAAGGGAGCGAUGUAA